AAAUUGGAGUUGCAAGGCGUCAUUCGAGACCAGGGCUUCACCCGGUUUUUGGACGGCUAAUCUUCAUUUGAUUGAUGGGACGGUGAGUACUACCACUUCAGCAAGGUCCACGAAUCUCCAGGCAAAGGCCUUGAUACAGCCGAGCUCGUUGCUCUCUCCCAAAAUCCCCCGCGGUAGAGAUGCAGGCGGCGAGGAACGCCAUCCGUCUCUUGAGAUCGUUCCCUCCUCCUCCUCCGGCGGCGCUGGUAUGGGUUCCGGCGGGAUCGAGGAGGGUUUCUUCCCAGGCUUCGGCGGCGGCCGUGCUAUUGGAGAAGCAGGAGGUCACCGAUCGAGUCCUCGAUCUCCUCAGAUCCUGCCCCUUCAUCGAUCCCUCCAAGGUGAGCCCAACUGCAAAUUUUAAGAAUGAUCUGCAGUUGGAUAUGCUGGACAAUGUGCAAGUUAUGGUGGCUGUAGAAGAGGAAUUUGCAGUUGAAAUUCCCAACAGUGAGGCUGACAAAAUCUCGUCAGCUGCUCAUCUCAUCGACUACAUUGCGGCCCAUCCACAAGCCAAAUAACUCUUCAAAUUCCUUCUUUUUACUGAACCUGGACUCUGGGUUGGUUGUAAUAACUACAUUGUCAAGACCAUUUCCUUGCAACCUUCAGAUGAUUGUCUCAAUAUUUGGUAGGAGUUCAACUGUCUUCUUUCGAAAAUAUUUUCAUCUCAUUGAUAAAAAUAUAAUAGUCUCCCUGUUUUCAUCUUUU